AAAUCUGUGGACAGCCAUGGAUGUGUACAGUUGCGGAAGUACGAACCCCCCUCUCCUCCCGAGUCAAGUCAAUCAAAAGCCGACAAGACGAAUUUAAUUGAUCCAAUUGACUAUUACAAGGAUUGAAUUAUAAAUAGACACAAAUCAGUAAUAAUAUCAGCUUCUCCUGGAGCAGUUCAACUCAGUGACUGUUCAUGUUACUUUGUCAUACGAAUUAAUUAGUGAAGACGAGAUUUUUUUUGUUGCCAUGACUUGAGUCAUUAAAAAUCAAUUGAUCAUUCAAUCAAUCAAUCAAUCAAUAUCAAUAUCAAUCGAUUAUUUUUGAACAUUCGUAAGUAUUCUGCAACCAUGAGGGCAUGGUUUGGGAGACAUCUCCUGCGGUUAUGGCUCGCCACGACAACUCCAAAGUGUCAAAUUGCCAUUGACACGACAAACGCGAGAGUCAAAUUCUGCUCGUCCAAGUCAGUUGAGCUCAAGAAUAUUGUUAAGAGAGUCAAACCCUUUGGAAGAGUUGUCAUCGAUGUUCCUUACCAUGUCGAGGUCAAGCCCACGUGUCCACACGAGUAUCCGGACAUGGAUACUGUUCUCGUUAAAUUAGUCUCUCAGGAUUCGUUCGGGGAUAAACGAGAGGAUCUAGUCACUGUCAAUGUCACGGAUGAGCUCUGCGAAAUCAAGGGGAAGGAGGAAGAAUUUCUUGGGAAUGGCAGGUGUCUCGUUCAGACGCCAGUUCGUUAUGAUGUCGACAUAAAGACUGUUGGAGACGCUAACGUGGAAGUCCACAACAUGAUAUCAGAUUUCAUAACCGUACAGACGGAAUUUGGAAGCAUUGUUGGAUCCAAAUUGCAGGGGAAGAAGAUCUCCUUGUCCUCGAGUGAAGGGGGAUCCGUCACUGUUCAUAAAAGCAUUCAAGGGGAGAUUGAAAUUAACACAGCUAAAGACGGGUGCGUGGAUGCUGAAAAAUGCCUGGGAACGAAGCUAGAUAUAUCAACAGAGAAUGGCUCUGUUAAACUUGGGAGCAAUUACUGUGAGAAAGCCACAUUCACUACUUUAGAUGGGGACUUGAAUCUCAGUAAUCUUCACAUGGAUAACAGCAUCGAUAUCAACGGGAAAGGGAGUUUAAAUAUUUCUUGUUUCGACGGAUCCCUCCAAGCAAAUCUCGGAGAAGGUUCAGCGAAAAUUCAACUAGCAAGAGUCACCGAUGACUCCACCAUCACCUCGAACGGCGACGUAAGUCUCACGAUACCAGACAGCCUGGACACUAAGGUCGUAAUAAAGUCCCCGGCCCUGGAGAUAGAUCAGUGCAUAAAAGGAACUUACGACAAAGACAGGAAAGAGUUCAUAGGGGGGAGAGGGGCCACGACCUUCACCGUGGAGUCGACCAAGAGAGUGCAGGUUCGGCAGUCGAGUUGGAUGGACACUUUUAAACUCCAGAACACCCCGAAAUAGCAGGAUAGGAUGAAAUGAGAUAUAGAGUUAUAUGUACAAUUUUAUUAAAGUUAUUUAUUUUAGUUCA